AUGAUGCACAUUUUUUUCAGUAUGACAUUAAGACAAACUAUGGCAACAACAUUAGAGCAUAUUCCUAUGGAAUUAUUCUACGAAAUAUUUAUUUAUUUUCAAUAUCAUGAAGUAUUCAACAUUUUUUCUUCUCUUAAUUCACGAUUUGCUGCUAUUAUUAAUAACAUGUCAAUUAUGCCAGUUUAUUUGGGUUUGAAUAGAAUGAAUAUAGCAGUGACCGAAUUUUAUUAUGCAUAUUUAUCACGAUCAAACAUUUCCUGUCGUCUUAUUUCAUUAUGUGUCUCAGAUACGUUAGCUAUUGAUAAUGGCUUAUGGUUAGCUGAACAUAUAUCGACAUUUACCAAUCUUCGUCAUUUAUCUUUAAUUGACAUAAAACGUUCUUCUUUCGAAUUGAUUCUCAAUUCAUUGUCACCCAUUAAAUCUCUCAUCAUGUUUAGUGUACGCUUUUCUACUAUUCAUUGUGCUGCUGAAACGUUUUUAGGCGUGCCUGAAAGUGCAUAUUAUGAACAAAUUUUUCAUUUAUUUCCAUCAUUACACGUAUGUCAUCUGCUUUUUCGGCCAUAUAUAGAUUCUACUCUAGACAGUCAAUUCGUUCUACCACUUGGUAAAGUACAUAUGUUUAUUGAAACCAAACUUUUAAAUUUACAAUCACUUGCAAUUGGUUGUUCACCUGAAUUUCUAUCAUAUUUAUUUAAAUAUCUUCCACAAUUGGAACAACUCAAGUAUACACAUACUGAUUGUUGGCUACCUCCAGAACAUCCAUUAAGACAUGAUAAAAAUAAGCAAAUUACACCUAUUAAUAAAUAUCUAGCUCCAAAUCUACAUCGUCUAAACAUAAAAUGGUCAAAUUCAUUGAUUAAUCUGGAAACAAUUAAUGAAUUAUUUACACGUGAUGUUUUAUAUUCAUUGACAAACUUCACAUUAUUAGCCAAUAUAGUUGAUUCUGUUGUUAUUCGUAAUUUAGUAUUGAUGCUUUCCAAUCAAUGUUUAUAUUCGUUUGAUGUUAAAUGGACUGAGAGAAUUAAGGUAUCAGCACCGAAUACAAACGAAAUCUUAUCGACUAUAUUUCAAAACAUGAGAGGAUCAGCACCAAUUGAAUUAGAACUAUCGUUGAAAACGUAUGUGUAUUAUGUUAGAGCGGUAACAAUACCAAGAAUGGAUAAAUCUUUAUGUCUUGAUUGUUAUCUAAGUAAAAAUAUUGUGCAUGGGUAG